UCGUUCAUCGACACAGGUGGACGGUUAGCUCAGCGAUUUUCUGUUUUAAAUACGAUUUCAAAUACAUUUGUGCUUACGAGUCGAAAAACAGGUCGCAUUAACGUGUACUCCAGGAUCUCGGAUUUGGAAAUAUACUAGAUUAUUAUUUAUUGAAAUAAUAACACUAAACGUUUUCUAGUCGAAAUGGAAAGAUCUUCAAAUUUGUUGGUUUCCAGUCCAAAUGUAAAAUAUACGGAUGAUUAUAUUUUUGCCGAUUAUGAUUACGAAGAAACUCUGGUGACGAAGACCGGCGACGAUUUAGUGGCAAAACCGUUUAAAACAUCACUAUGUCUCCGUACCGGCCGGAAGGUGGGCAAACUGGGCAUCAUGCUGGUGGGAUGGGGCGGCAACAACGGAUCUACAUUCACCGCAGCCGUGUUGGCCAAUAGACAUCAGCUGUCUUGGAACACGAAGAAUGGAACUAUGCAGUCUAAUUGGUUGGGCUCAAUUACCCAGGCAUCCACAGUCAGACUGGGCUUGGACGAGAAGGGCCAUGAUGUGUAUGUGCCGAUGUCUCACUUGUUACCCAUGGUGCACCCAGAUGACUUAGCGAUCGACGGUUGGGACAUCAGCCCCCUAAACUUGGCCGAGUCCAUGGUGCGGGCCAAGGUCAUAGACUACGAUCUGCAGCAGAAGCUGAGGAAGGAGAUGGCUGGCAUGAAACCGCGGCCCGCGAUCUACGAUCCGGACUUUAUUGCGGCCAACCAGGCGGACCGCGCGACCAACCUCAUCCGGGGCACGAAAUACGAGCAGUACCUCCAAAUCCGAGCGGACAUCAAGGACUUCAAGGACCGCCAGAAGUUAGAAAAAGUCAUUGUGCUAUGGACCGCCAACACUGAACGGUUCUGUGAGGUGAAGACGGGAGUCCACGAUACAUCCGACAACGUCGAGAAAGCCUUGCGCAACAACGAACCUGAGAUCUCACCGUCCACCAUCUUUGCACUAGCCGCCAUUGAUGAAGGGUGCUGCUACAUUAACGGCUCCCCUCAAAACACUCUCGUGGAAGGCGUGAUAGAGCGCGCGGAGAAAAAUGGCGUUUUCGUGGCCGGCGACGACUUCAAGUCCGGACAGACCAAGCUCAAGUCUGUGCUCGUCGACUUCCUAGUAUCCGCAGGUCUAAAACCCGUGUCCAUUGUGAGCUACAACCACCUCGGCAACAACGACGGCAAGAACCUCUCCGCCCCCAAACAGUUCCGCUCCAAAGAGAUCACCAAGUCCAACGUCGUCGACGAUAUGGUCCAGAGCAACAGUAUGAUGUACAAACCGGGAGAGAAGCCCGAUCAUGUGGUCGUCAUCAAAUAUGUGCCGUAUGUCGGCGACUCAAAGCGCGCGAUGGACGAGUACACAUCAGAAAUCCUUCUUCACGGCACCAACACCAUCGUGGUGCACAACACUUGCGAGGAUUCUUUGCUGGCCGUGCCACUUAUCCUAGACUUGGCUCUGUUGGCCGAACUCUUCUCCAGACUGUCUCUGCGUAGACAGGGGACCGAUGAAUGGACUGGUCUUCACUGCGUGCUAUCGUCUCUCUCCUACCUUCUAAAGGCUCCAGUGGUGCCCGCGGGUGCGCCGAUCAUCAACGCCCUGUUCAAACAGCGAGCCGCUCUCGAGAACGUCAUGCGCGCUGCACUCGGCUUGCCGCCUCUGCACCAUUUGCAACUCGAACAUAAGGUUCCAUUCCUGAUGUCGGACCUCCGCAGCGGCCGCAUGUUCGCGGGUGGCGCUCCGCCCUCCAAAAAGCUGAAAGUCGCUCACGCGAAUGGCGAUAAGUAAACGCAAUCAAAAUAUCUACUUCAUACCCCAGUAUACAAACGGGCUCGAACAAAAUUUCUUUCAUACGAAAAAUUGAUAUUACAUACAGGAACUGGCACACACAUCGUAGGAAAAGAUGGCUGCAUAAAUAUCUGACACGUUCUUAUGGCUGUCAAUAUGUUUUUGAUGUCAUUGUUUGUGUCAGAUAUUUAUGAGGCCUUCUUUUUGUGCGAUGUAUUGCCGGUGACUGAACCAUCCCACUGAUCAAAAGUUUAAAAUCGAACUUUAUUGUUUCCAAUGAAGAUUUCUUGUGGGUUGGUUCCCAUUUGCAAAAGUACGACCAAUUAUGGACGACCACGUAGACACAUUUUUAUUUACAGCGUUUUCUAUUGUGUACUCUUUAUAGUCAAGUGAGAUUUAGAGAUACAUUCAUUGGGUUGAUCGACAGAAAGAAAUAUUGUUUGAACCUAACUAGGUACUUAAUCCAUCGGAGUAUUUUGUUAUCUGUAGAGCACAAAUAUAGCUUUGUGUCUUUUCACCUAUUUCUCUAACAGAUCUAGAUUGAAUUGAAACUGCCAGAUUACUAUAU